AUGAAUAAGGAAAUGUGUAAAGAGUUCAAGAGUGUAAGGGAAUGGAUUUCCGAUGAAUUGAAAGAUAAAGAAAGCUAUGAAAUUAAAGAUGAUAAAUUUUUAAAUGAUUAUUGUGAUAAUAAGCGAUGUGAAAAUGAUUUCGAUUUAAUAAGUGCUGGAUGCUUAUAUUUGUUGGAUCAAUUCUAUAGCGAUUCUGGUGUGUUACCCUCUCCUUCAAAAAGUAACCCCUAUAUUGUUGAUUACAUUUUGAUAUGGUUAAGUUAUAUGUUAAACCUAAAGAAAAGUGAAGAAAACAUUAUAGAUACUUUUUAUAAUAAUUACAUAAAUACUUGUGGUAAGUAUAAGACGGAAAAAAGUGAAUUUAAUUAUCAUGAUCAUGAUAAUUAUAAGGGUCUUAUAGAUAAAAGAAAGGAAUUUUUGUAUAUGGAUCGUAAUAUUGUAACUAAAUUUUAUGAAGCAUUUAAAUCAUUAUGUAACCUGUAUAAUGAACUUGAUUAUGAAAAAAAAAAUUGCGAGAAUUAUUUGGAUGAUAAUAAUGAAUUUUUUAAUAAAUAUGAAGAGCUUAAGAAAAAUACUAGUAUUGCUGAUAGAAGUCCAUAUAAAGAAAUAUUGUUUACUUUAUCAACUGAUUAUGAUGAUUUUAAAAAGGAAUGUAACAGUAUUUUAUCCUAUCUAUCGGCAAAAACAAAAGAAAAACCUGGACAAACUCUUUUAGAUAGUUCUGGACAAUAUGUAGAUAGUUUAGGACAAGGUGUAGAUAGUUUUGAACAAUAUGUAGAUAAUCCUGAUAUUACAUCAUCAAGUUCAUCGAUAGUAAGCAAAUUAAUUCCAGUUUUAUUGAUAUUUGGUGCAAUAGCAAUUUUUUUGGGAAUUUCUUAUAAGUAUUCAUUAUUUGGAUUUCGGAAACGAUUUCAAAAACAAAAAUUAAGAGAAAAGCUAAAAAAAUAA